AUCAAAUAACGCAGAGGAACAGACGUGCUUCGGAUAUGUAUCGCAUGUACAUUCUAACGUUAGCGGCGGCAGUCGUUGGACUCCCGAACCCUGAACCAAAACCCACAGAACCAGUCGAGGCUACAGGUAGAGCCAAGGUCGACUGCAACGGAGGAAUAUUCAGCCCGACCUGCCUCAAAAUAGAAGCGAUAUCUAUGCUGGAAAAACUAAACGGGAAACAGGAGCUAAAACUUCUACCAGGAGUCAGCAUUGUUAAAGAAGACUUGAAGGAGAAUGAAACUAAGCCAGACUUCGCUGCUGAACUUGCAAGGGCUCUACCUUCGAAGCCUGACGAGAGAAUAGACAAGUACCUUUUGUACUCUCUAGGGAAUUAUUUAGAUUCUCAUACAGUGAGGCUUAGGUUGCUUGAUGAUGGAGCCGCCGAGGAGGCCAGGGCUUUGGUCGGAGAAGCAAGGGGGAAAGGAGGAUUAGGAGGCGGGAAGAAAGGGGGAAUGGGAGGAUUAAUGGCCGCAGGACUUUUGAUGAAAGGUACCCUCAUGUCCAUAGGGCUUGGAGCCUUAGCCCUGCUCGCCGGGAAAGCUCUGAUGACAGCCAUGAUGUCGCUCCUGCUCUCCGGUAUCAUCGGUCUCAAGUCUCUCUCUGGAGGCCAAAAAUCAACCACGUACGAAAUCGUAUCCAAGCCCGUUUACACUCACUCUCACUCUCAUUCUACCGCUCACGAGGAUGUUGGCGGCUACGGACAUUCUGGUUACGGAAGGAAUUUGAACGUGAGGAGACGCUAAGAAGAGUAGGGGAGUAUUUGGAAGGUGAUGGCAGAUUGCCCAAUUUUGAGCGACAUUAUUCAUUUUGAUUCAAUCACCAACAAAAUACUCGACAACAAAUAAUUUAUUUAAUUUAUUAUAACUAAUGCAAAAUACUUAAAUUAUAUUUUUCAUUUCAAAAAAAUAUUUCUUCUUCUCAAUCUAAAACGUUGUCGUCCAUUAAACUAACAUGUAUCGAUUAAUGUAUACAAUCUUAGAACAUAUACUCGUAAUGAUAAUGCUUAAUGAAAAUACAUUUGAUGAGUGCGCCUUCGAAAUAUGAGGCAAAACUUUGAUUCCUGUCUCGUGAGUGUAACUCUUAGCGACGGCCGCUGAUUUGACACUAGACUCUGGAUCAGACUGCCACGCCACCGACCUCAAAUGAGACACGGAGGAUCUGCUCUUCAUGUCUAAGGCAACUAUGUACCGCUUUGUUAAUUUUGUUGAUUCAACGAGCUAUACUCAUUCCUAUAAGAAAUUGUAUGUUGUGUAAGUAUUCAGCUAACCUUUCAACUCUUCAUUUUUCUCACCCCAUUCUACAAUAGUACAAAGCUAUUUAACGUUAAAUGUAAAUUUAAAUAAUAUGUGAUGUACGAAAAUAAUUAUUUAUUCAUUAAUUUAUUUUAGAAUAAGUCACGCCAUUUUUGUUUUGUUUAUUUGCCAUAAUAGUUAUCUUGAUGUUUAUGUUCAUUCAUUUAUUUAUUUAUGUAAUAAAUGUACUUUAUCUCAUUUCAUUUUAAAUUAGUUCAUACUAAUUUGCUUUUUUUUAUUUCUUAGUAUACUAUAAUAUUUUAGUAUGAUUAUUUAUAUGUUUAUCUAUUAUUUUUUGUUAUAAAUUAUGUAAAAUUUACAUAUAUAUUUUUAUGCAUACUUAAUAUUAUAUAACUUGAGCUUUAUGGAUUAUGUAUGUAUUAUUUGUGAUAUCAUAGUUUAAUUUAUAAAUAUUGUUUUUAUUUUGCAAUCUUCAGCACCCAAAGAUAAAUAAAAUGUUUUAAAUA